UCUUUCACUCUCUCUCUCUCUCUAAAGACCAAAGAGAAAGUCUUUGCUCGUUUUCCUCUUCACCUUGUCUGCAACUUCGAUCCACCACAUACUUUUUUUUCUAUCUUCCCCAAAAACACACCACAGAGAUCCCUCUUCCACCGUGUGAAGGGAGAGGCAAAUGAGGGAAUGUUCUCCUGGUUAGCAAGGAUGGCUCUGUUUUGUUUGCGGCCGAUGCGUCGGUACGGUCGUAUGAACAGAGAUGACGAUGAAGAAGAAGAUGAUCGUGAAGACUCCUCUGGAGGUGACUCGCUGCUUUGGUCUAGGGAGCUUGAGAGGCAUUCUUUCGGUGAUUUCUCCAUGGCUGUCGUGCAAGCUAACGAGGUCGUUGAGGAUCAUAGCCAGGUGGAGACAGGGAAGGGAGCUGUCUUUGUGGGUGUUUAUGAUGGCCAUGGUGGUCCUGAGGCUUCUAGAUACAUCUCUGACCAUCUCUUUGGACAUCUGAUGAGAUUGUCGAAAGAACAUGGCGGCAUUACAGAGGAGACUCUAAGAGCUGCUUUUUCCGCAACCGAGGAAGGUAUCCUCACGCUUGUGAGAAGAACUUGCUCGUUAAAACCGUUGAUUGCAGCCGUUGGAUCCUGCUGUCUGGUCGGAGUUAUCUGGAAAGGAACCUUGCUUAUCGCCAACGUUGGAGACUCCCGCGCUGUUCUUGGUUCCAGGAGCAGUACUAAUAGAUCAAACAAGAUUGCAGCUGAGCAGCUGACUAGUGAUCACAAUGCUGCUUUGGAAGAAGUCAGACAAGAGCUCAAGUCGUUGCAUCCUGACGAUCCCCACAUCGUUGUCCUCAAACACGGCGUGUGGCGCAUCAAAGGCAUCAUCCAGGUGUCAAGAUCGAUAGGGGACGCGUACUUGAAGCGCCCCGAGUUCUCUCUCGAUCCUUCGUUUCCAAAGUUCCAUCUCACCGAACGGCUGCAAAGACCGGUCCUAUCGGCAGAGCCGUGCGUGUACACGAGAGUCUUGCAAACGAGCGAUAAGUUUGUGAUAUUCGCGUCGGAUGGGCUGUGGGAGCAGAUGAGCAACCAGCAAGCUGUGGAGAUAGUGAACAAACAUCCUCGUCCCGGGAUAGCGAGGAGGCUGGUGAGGAGAGCGAUGAGCAUAGCUGCGAAGAAGAGGGAGAUGAGGUAUGAUGAUCUGAAGAAAGUGGAGAGGGGAGUGAGGAGAUUCUUUCAUGAUGAUAUAACGGUGGUUGUGGUGUUCGUGGACAGUGAGCUUCUUAUGGUGGAGAAAGCUACUGUUCCUGAGCUCUCCGUUAAAGGUUUCUCUCAUACCGUUGGACCUUCCAAGUUCAGUAUCUUCUUUUCUUAAAAAUAAAAUGUUAUUUUUCAACAUUUAUUAUCUUUACUCCCACAGAUAUUAAUUUAUUAUGUUAAAAGAGGAAAGAAAGAACACUGAUGUUGUGGAAUUGUAACUUUUAUAUAGGAUG